AUGCCGAAAGAUGCCGACAAUGCCAAGCAUGUCAGCAAAAGAUCCAAUCCUCUACACUAUGUAAAAUCCAGGGGUCGUACUGCUCUUAUUGCUGCACAUAAGAUAGACAACGAUUCGUUCGACGAAUGGAAAGAUGUCAUGGGCGAAGACAAUGGCUGGCCAUGCGACGACGCGAUUCUUGUCAUUCCUUUUAAAUGGACCUAUUCGUGGGACCAAAGGAAAGUUAGGCAGACCAAGAUGAGUACCUUGUUUGCGUUCUGUCGACAUUCGUUGAACCAAGGAAAAGAUAUCAUGGGCAAGAUGAGCAUGCGAUGA